GAACAAGCUGUGAUCCUUCUCAUGACGUGGUUACCCUCUGCAUCUGUUGUAUUUUGGGUCUGUUCAUGGUUGAUACGACUUCCUUUCUUUUCGUGAUUUGAUAUCAAAACCAGAGGAAGGUAACAGCAAAACCAAUAAGCCGAAAGCUCCCUCGUUACUUACCGGCUUAGCGCCUCCGUCACCACGAGAGGCAGAUGUUACUAUUCGAUAAGUUCUUACGUGAUCCUGUUCGAAACUCAGAGAGAGAGAGAGAAAACUAGAAGGUCGCCUUUCUUUGAGCGAAUGAGUGAUCGCGGCAACUGACACGCUGAGUGACGGACGAGUGUUGAAUGUUUCUCGUCUUCUUUCAAAAGCUUUUCGUGCAGUACUACAAAGUAUGAAACAGAAUCGAAUAUUGCCGUGUGUCGUGGUUGUCUCCAAUAUCGUCGCAUGUUUUCACAGGACAAAAAAUUGGAUGAAAAAAGUUUGAUGUAAUGGAGACAGGAGGUGUGGUAAAGUAUGAGAGUAGAUUUAGAUUCGUGCUGGUCUGUAAAUUUCGUUGUAGGCUUACCUGAACAACAAAAAGUUUCUAAUGGCAGCACAGAGAACAGCAGAAUUUAGAUAAACUUAAUGCAAAUUUAUACCUGGAUGUGCUUCUGAAAAAGUGGUAGGUUGCGGAGGCUACAUUAGAUUCAAAAGUAUGGUCGUCGCGGACCGGUCAGGUCGCUGUGAGCGGCCGCGGUGACGCUAGGCCUCCGAUUGUCGUCGUCAAGGGGCUCGAAGGCUCGUCUGACGAGGAGCCACGUAGACGCAACUCGUGUACGAGCAACGCCUCAGUGGAGGGGUGACUGUAACUAGCACUGGAACGAAAACUAUUCUCUGAGAGCGUCGAAUUUGAAAAUCGCCCACGGGAGAAGAACCAGAAAACGGACUUUUUUCUUCGACCAGCAUCCGGCUGCGGGCCACGGAAUAUCGAAGUAAGUAGGCGACCGUUGCGUGCCUGCUAAGAUAUUAGGGAGUGUGCGAGGCGUUCGAACGUGCGAGACUGCGAAAGGAGACUUUCCAUUGGCGCAUAGCGUCGAUUUGGCAGCGAUAUUGUCGACGCACAGCGAACAAAAUCGACAAGCGUUUGUACUAGAACUGGCACGAAUAGCUAGUAAAUUCAAGACGGAGUACUCCACAACGACCUGAAGGCAACUGCUUAUUACACAAUUCCAGCAGCAAGAAGCUUCUGACGGAACAAGGCACUUUUGAGUUCUAGAAGUUCAAUUUUGUCGAGCGGUACCUUCUAACUUCAGUAGCCAAGCACUUCUGCACUGGAAGGAAACGAAGAGACAAGUCAGAAUUCCUAGUACUAGAAGAAAAAGUACGACUGCAACAAGAUGGUGACCGUUGCGGAACCACUUUCGGAUUUCAAGGACCUGGGACCGGUGGUCUAUCAGGAGUCCAAAAUCCUUGACAACGAAAUCCACCUCCUCUGUGUACACGACAGUCGAGAAAAAAAGUUCGUCAAUUUCGAAGCCUACAGUUUCGAAACCGGAAAAGUCUCCAGAAUACAAUGGGACUACGUCAACUUCGACUCACAUUUCCGGUACUUCUAAUUAUGCGUUGGUGUAUGGAGGAAAGUAAUCCAUUCAGUAUUGAAAUAAUACGUAUUCCUUCAACAUCAGAGAUAUCACAAGUUUUGUAUAUUUUUUUACCACAACUCUACUCCUUGAUUGACCUGUAACCCUCAAGCUUCAACGCGGAGUUGAUGAACCCCAACAAUCGGGAGGGACGUUAUCACUGGGUGUGCGAGCGACUAAAUUUCGUCAGCGAUGGGAAGGGUGGGCGCAAACUUGAGCUUUGUGAGCCGACGGAUGACAUGCCGCAAGUGGCUGACCGAGCUAGAAAUUUCAAGAUCCCAACAGGCCGAAUGAACUAUGCAGAUCGACAAAGAUUAAGGCUGGAGAUGGAAAGGCUACCGGUACUUCUUUCUAGUCGCUUGGAGAUGAAGAAAACUCGACAGUUAUAGUCCAUUUCUGGUAUAUUUUGAGGCUUUUUAGGUUUUCGUACAGAAGUAAAAGUAGUUGCAGUACUUUACACGAGCUCUAUUACAUCAAUCUUCAUGUUGUUUUUUAUGAUCUAAGCUGAAACCACCUGCACUUGCUCUCACCUUCAGAAAAAACGCGUUGAGAAUAUAGACCGAAUGGCGGCAGAGUUUAAAGCAGCAUUCGUGCAGGAGGUGACGGAAAUGCAAGAGAUGGAUAGAAAAAAAGCCGAGAUAAGGGCACAGAGGAUCGAAGAGGAGCGGAAAGUUCGAUAUAACGAAAUUUGUGAGGUAAUACACCCCUUAUAUUUUCAACUUAUUGUUUUUUGGGAUUUGGAUCAUGUUGUAUGUCCCGCUUUUUUCUUGUGCUCGCCACUUCAGUCUCUUACAUCGAUCUAGACAACUUCUUUUUGGGGUUUAUUUCUAUGUUUUAUGAUCUGUUCUUUCGGGCAAAAUUUUCAGGUUCGGCAGGCAGAGAAUAUGCUAAAGCAGGACUACGGGGAUAAGGAGAGGAAGAGAGAGCAAAUUAUCAAGAACAAGGACGAUGCGAGAAACGCAGCGUCUGUAUUAUAGUCUUAACGAGUUUUAGCUUAGUUCGCCGACCAGGACUACUAAUUCUUCUGAUACCCUUUCAAACUCCACUGAUUUCUAUUAUUCAUCUCCUUAGUAAAGCUUUUCCAAUCAAUCCCUUGCACCAGCUCGCAGAGAUCCGACAGCUGUUGAAGGAGCACGACGUACAGCGGAAGGCUACGCAAGUAAAAGUGGCAGAACAGCGAAAAGCAAAAAAAGAGGAGAGAGAAGAGACGAAGCGAGCAGCAGAGGAACGUUUUGCUACAGAUCAAGCAGCCGAGGAUCGUCGACUAGAGAACUGGGAAAAACGUGAGGACAGGCUUGAACAAAAAGCGGUAAUAUGAACUAGAAGAAGUUGCUACUGCUCUGGAUUUUGAUUGCUUAUAUUUUCUUCAUUAUGUAAAUCGGUUUAAAGUAUGAGGAUUAUAGCUAAGCCGUCAAAUAAUUCAUUUUUCGGGUGUCUUUUCAUUGCUAACAUACAUUGAUCUGUCGAAAUCGAAAAUAGAAAUAUCAUUUUCACCAUAGUCAUCUUCACCUAGAUUCGCUUACAAGCUGAACGGGCGAGUUUUCUAGAGGGCAUCGAAAGAACCGAGAUAUCACGCAGCGAGAGGAAAAAAGAGCUAGCCCACGAUUUGCAAGUGAUAAGACAAAACCUCUGGGCCAAGGCGUCUGCAAAAGAUGAGAAGCGAAAAGCGUACUAAUCGAUUAAUGCGAUAGCAAACGAGAGUACUAUUGUUGAUUCUCUAUUUAUAAGUGAUCCUGACUCGGCUACUUUUUCUUUGAUAUUUGAAUUAUUUUUUCUCAAAGUUUUGACCCUAAAAAGCGAUUGUUACCUCCACUCAUCACAGGGACAAUAAAGCGGCGUUAGAUGCGCUUGCUCAACAGAAGGAGCACGCCAAGCAAGCAGCGUUGCUAGGCAUGACAAAGAAAAAGAGGGUACCACUGUCCUUUAUGACCUAGAAGUUUUUUAAUUUUUCGUACCAAGAUAGUGGAAUGCGAGUUCACAGUGAAUUGACUGUUUCGAUUGCUAGCUGAUAAGUAAGAGUAACUAAUUGCACAGCGACAGAUGAAGGUCGUAAUGCUUAUGGAAAAAUCUCAACACACACGCUCAUAGGCAGAAUUGUUUGCUGUUGAUAAAAGUAGCUAACCUGUAUUCUUCUUUAGGAACGCAAGAGCGACGCGCGAAUGGAUGCGGUAGAGGCGGAAAUGAGGCAGCAGCUAGAAGCAGAAGGCAAGCAAAACGAAAAUGCGAAAAAGCGAGAUUCAAAAUUCAUUCGCAUAGAGGCCAAGAAAAAUGAUCGCGAAGUCCAGAAAGUAAUCGGAUGGAAGGAAUCAAAAAUCGAGGAAGCCUACGCGAAGCAGAGAGAGUACUUUUUUCAACACUACGUAUCUAUACAUAGGUACUUGCAACUCUACCUAUUGGAAAUGAUGUUAUUUGCGCAUGCUUACAUGAAAUAGAAAUUCUUCAAGGACAAAUAGAAUUUUACUGCUAGUAGAAGUCUCAACAAUAUAAUCAUUGUACGACUAGUACCUCUGUACUACCAUCAGGCGGCAAGAGAAGGCCGCUCAAUUAGCGGAGGCGAUAAAGGAGAAAUUAGCAGAAGAGGCGCGAUCCAGAGACGUGCAGGAGCGCAAAGAUAAGAUGCGAAAUAUGGCCCAAGAUCGCAAGCUGGGUGAGCGCAUGAGGCGUCUAGUCCCCGGCUUCAAGAGUGAAGGUAGCGUCUUCAGACCGCAAUGACAUCGCGUCGAGUCUUCAUCUCGGCAAUGAAGAUCAAUUGGCUCGAUACUACUUCUGGAUCUCGAGAAGGAGUUGUUUUCUGAAGAUCAGCCUAAAUACUAUAGUGUUACGUUUUCUUGAGAAUAUUUCUGCAUUUGCUUCGUUUAGAAUCUGCUCAGUUAAAUAGAAAUGGAAACUACUACUGCUCAUCAGAAAAGGGUGGAUCCGAGGUUUCGCGCAGAUGCACCGGAAACCAUACUGAUAUUUUAUAGAGGAAACUGCUGAUUAAAAAAUCACGAGUCUUGCAGCAUUAUUGUAAGACAAAGCCUUGAUAUUUAGAUAUAGAAUUCGACAGCAAAUGAUAGAUUUUGAAAUCGAAUGAACUGUUACUUACCAUUCUCCAAAAUGCUGAUGUACUUCAAAGAAUUCACACCUUAUAAUUGUGGUGUCUGCAGGUGCAGAGAUAUAACGACCGCAAAGAAAUAGUAAAAAGUAAUUCUAAUUGCCUCGUUUUUAUUAUAAAAAUGAUGUUGACCACGAAGAAUUCCUCGUACUAGAGUUAGUUGCAGAUUAAGACUGCAAGAAAACUAGCGAAAAUUAGAUCUAACGACAUGAGUGAAAUAGCUGAGUGACCACAUCACAUCCUAUAUUAUCGCAAUAUCGACGCUUACAUAUCGCAAAAAAUCUAGUGACGUUCAUCUCAUCUGACACUAAGAUACGGCCAAUCGUCACAGAGGACGGUAAAAACAGUGCAAAAAAAAUGAUGUCAUGAAAUCAUCACACAGAGAUGGUCUUGCAUUGUAGAAAUGAAUUCGACAUUGUUUGUCCCCCAUGAUAAUUGUAGAAGACAGGAAUCAGAGCUGCCUGACCAACGUGGAUGGCUCGGUGCCCAGGACGAGACACGCUAUGCUUCGCUGAGACGACUGCCUGCUCAUAUUUCACUUUGCAGCCUCAGCGCUUUUUUUAUGUGUCGUUCAGUGAGUACUGAACUCUAUGUUGGUAUCUAUCGAUAAAUG